ACCGCUGCGCUGCAUAGGUUUAUCUCGCCGCCGUCUCCGCGUUUACACGUACAUCGCGUAUAUACCAUCAUUCCGAUAGUGCGUGUACGCUCCGCAACAGUAUAACGGCAGUUGUCGGCACCCGCGGUCCAUCACUCGCUCGCUACCGACCGGCGCGCGAACACGCUUAGAACGCACGUGAGUGACCGCCCUCUCCCCAACCGGACCGACCACCACCCACCGAAACAACCGAGAUUACUUGUCAUAGAAUUUUUUUUUUGAAAAUAAAAAAAAAAAUUAUAUUUUUCCCGCCACACCGUCGCCUCUGCGCCGUUCAAAUCCCGACGAUUCCGACUCUCGCCGACGCCGCCGCCACUUUAUUCCGCCCGAAAACAUCGCGAAAUUGUUCCAUCGCAGUUGCGUAAUAUUAUUAUGUCCAAUAAUUUUUAAUCGUUUGAUUUUAUAACUUAGUCCGUUGGUGAUAACAACACUUGUUAACUUAUAAUCAAUUCGAGUUAUUUGAAAAACACCAAUGUGAAUGGCUAAGUAAUGCGAUCAUCGAUCAAUCAUGGCUCUCUUGUACAGAUUGGUUAAGUUGCCGGAUCGUUUUCAGACCCAUGUGUUUACGUUCGUGGUGACUAAAUCAGUAACUCGUGAUCCAGACAGGGAUGUUACGUCUAAGGAAUUUGCUUGUGGCCAUCAAAAAUGGUCAAUCACAUUCUCGCGAACUGACAAGAUGUUAGGAGCGUACCUAGUGUGGAAGAGUCCUUCCGAAUCGGUACGCGUUUAUGUGGAUUUUACGUUCACUAUACUCAACCGCGAACAUUUCAGCGUGAAUGAAUCAUUUGCUGGCAAACAAGUAAAGUUUACAACGGACUGCCCAGCCCAGGGUAACCGAAACUACAUUCCGGUCAGCGACCUGUACGGCCGAAACUUCACGGAUGCAAACGGCGAGUUCCAGCUGGAACUGUCCAUUGGUCACGUGCGCACGGUGUACGACACGGAGUUUGGCGUGCCCACGUCGCUCACUUCCAGGCUGUUGCACCACCAUCACCAGAUCCAAAACCACCACAACCCGGCGGCCGGAAAUGCACUCCAGCACCAGUACGGCACAGCGUCGCCUAGGGGGACCAAGUGCAAGCUGGAGACGUCGUACUUCACGUUCGGCGGAUUUGAUUGGAACCUAGCACUGUACCCGCACGGUGUCAAAGACGCAUCGUGUACUUCGGUUGAAGGUCGUAUGUCAGUAUAUUUGAACCGAUGUACAGGAUUUGACCAUCAAUGUCGUGUUCGAUACAUGUUAGUUUUGGGAGAUGGAGAAAAACGUCUAGAUUCUGGAAUAUUGGAUGAUGUAUCCGAUUCAGAUGGAAAAAGUUAUGGCUGGCAUCCCAGAUAUAAGUUCUCCGAACUUGUUACAAAGGGCACGAUUCGGGUACAUUUAGAGAUGUUAUUGGCAAACACAUUGAGUGAAGUUAUAUCCAGCAUAGUUAUAACGGGUAUCAAUCAGCACGGGGUGUCGUCUGCAACGUCUAGUGGAGUUGUGGCGUCGCCCACGAAAACGCAAUGUUAUGACCGUGACAAGCACGCCUGGUCCAUAAGGAGCGAUUGCCAAUCAGAAACGGUCCGACUUCAUAUGGUUUACAAGGAUAUUCAGAACGUCCCCAGAAAUCAUCUCAGGUAUGUUUGUUGGACGGCGUACCUGCUACGUUACCACGGUAAAACAGGCCAUGUGGAACCGGUACCAUUACCAGGUGCACCAUUCAGCCACUAUUACGCAACUGAUGCCACUGACGAAGGGAUUAUAAUGGAAACCGACAUAAGUGUCAAAGAGCUCCGUGAUUCGGGUUGUCCUUUUUUGACAGACAAAGGACAAUUGAGAGUACAAGUCGAAUGGGAAGAAAGCUAUUUACUGUUCCAAGCCACAUACCAUAAAUAUGACGACGUCAGUAGAACUCACAACUACCAGAUGAGGCGCGAGAUCACAGCUCUGCAAGCCGAAAACUACAGCUUGGAACGACAGUUGUUCAGCUACCAGAAAAGUAUGUCACUCGUGCAGAGCCGGGGUACCACGUACUCGGACGAUCUGGAUCCGGUGGACGUCGUUGACGGCGGCUGUGUCCCGGUGGACGAUCGCGAAGAUCAGCCACAUCAUCAGCAUCAGGGCAGCGUGGGUGGUGGCGGUGUUUUCUACGACGACGGCACACCCCUACAGCUGCAGUCCACGGUCGUUGUCGGCCCAGACGGCUACCCGCUGCCCCAACACCACCAACACCACCAUCAACAGCCGCUCCCGUCGCACCAUCAACUGCAUCAUCAUCAUCCGCUGCCGCAGCAGCACCAUCACCACCACCCAUGAGGUCGGCUGCCGUUCCACGAGACCGACGACGGCCACCGUCAUGUGCCGCACUAUCGGCACUCGGACGGCGGCGGUGGCCCGGCCACGUGGACGUCGAUGGCCAGUAACGCGGUCACAACAGUGUUCAAAAAAGCCCAAAGACGUUUCAGCGUCAUCCUCUACAACAACAACAAUCCCAUGUGAAAGUGCCAAAAAACGUACCAUAACAAUUUAAUAUCCGCUCGUAUGAUUUUAACUCAAUACUUUUGAUAAUAAUAAUAUUAUUAGCCAGGUAGGUUUGUUUCCCCAACAUGAUAAUAUUACUCUUGUUACAGUUUAUAAUUUACUUCAUUUUAAGCAUUUGUCGAGUAGGCGCAUUCAAAUAUUUUAUUAUAUGUAUUAUAUAUUAUUACGUAUACCAUGUAUAGAAUGAGUGAGCGGUAGAGAAAUAGAGAGAGAGAGAGAGAGAGAGAGAGAGAGUGAGUGAGAGAGAGGAGGGAUGACUAAAGAAACUUCCCUAAAACUUUCCCGCUCGCCAAACUUCAACCGAAAAAAAUAUAGGUACCUAUAAUUACCACAUAUUUCGAACAACUAAUAAAAAAAUAGCUUAACGAAUAUAUAUAUAUAUAUGUUGUUUGACACUACGUCUGUUGUAUAUAAUAUGUAUAUUAUUAUAAUAAUACUUAUCGCAAAAAUCCGACGACUUUCGUCACGCAUAAUGUUAUAAUAUAGUCACAUAUAUUAGGCGUAUAUUAUGCAUAUUACGCAGGUAAAAAUAUACUCCUUAUAGGUAUAAGUGGUAUAAUAAUAAUAACCAACGUAGUGAAAUAGUGCUUAAAUAUUGAAAAAAAAUAAGGAAAAUAUCGUGGAGCAGAAAAAUGUAUGAAACACGUAUUUGAAUUUCAUGUAAAAUACCAAAACCUAAUUUUUUUUUAAUUACCCUAAUUUUCAACAGACUUGUUAAUGUACAUACAAAUUUAAUACUGAUUAUUCAUCCGAUUCCUCGGAUCAAUAUCUAUAAUUUUGUUGUUUAUCUUCCACGCCUGAAUACACCAAAAAUGUAGAAAACACCAAUUGCUAUUAUUCAGCUCCUACUGAAUAAUAAGGUAAAUGCAAUCAAGACUACUUCUUUCAAAAUACAAAUUAUUUUUAAAACUUCAAUAUAGUAUAACAUC